AUGACGGUAGCCGUUAUGGCUCAUCCCACCAGGAUGGUUCAUCCCUCAGAGAUGGCUCUUAUUCUUGGAGAAGAAGAAUUUGAGGACUACCUAGACAAAUAUCUAGCUAUAGAAGAAGAGAAUUGGAUUAAUGCUACUUCCUCUCUUCGCAGUGGGUGUACUCUGAGAGUUAACGGAGACCUUGGUCAACCACAGCCUGUAUAUAUCAGUAGAAGAACUAAUAAUUAUUUAGCUGCAAGUGGAAACUCAGGUCAGAUUCGACUCAGCGCCGGAGAAGAAGUGAUCGUUUCCUGCCCAAACAACCAAGCUAUUCUCCAUCCGAACAUCGUAUCUACAGUUCAUACCGCUACUGCCAGGUGCGUUAGCAAUAAUUUAUUUUCGGGAGCCGGAUGGUUGAAUGGUAACAGAGCUUUUGGUCAACUAACUUGUGCACGUCACCCUUUCUACCAAGCUCAGCAAACAAGUACAAGAUGCUUCAACAACGGUGUUGUAAUUCGGUAUGCAUUCAUCUUUUCGACUGCUGGAGGUUUCUUCCCUGGUGUCAACAUCAACAACGUUUAUACUCAAGUUAGCCAAAAGGCAGCUAUCGCAAGACUAGUAGGAAAUGCCUUAGCUGAUAAAUACGUUACGAACACCCAAUUCCUUGCUCGUGGUCAUCUUGCUGCUAAAAGUGACUACGUUUUCGCUACUGGACAACGUGCCACCUUCUUCUUCAUCAACGCUGCUCCACAAUGGCAACCCUUCAACGCCGGCAAUUGGAAUAAUUUGGAACAGAAUCUGCGAGCACGCAUCGGUAGAGCUGGUUAUAACACAGUAAUUUACACUGGAACGUUUGGUGUCACCCAAUUACGCAAUUCUAACGGUCGCAUGGUUGAUAUAUAUUUGGACAAUAACAGAGUUCCCGUCCCUCAAUUCUUCUAUAAGGUGGUGUAUGAUCAAUCCAGACGUCGUGGUACAGCAUUCAUCGGUUUAAAUAAUCCUCAUUACACUCUGGCUGAAGCUCGCAGAUUACAGUUCUGCACUGACCGUUGUCGUAAUAACAAUGCAUUCAGCUGGAUCAACUGGAGGCCUGAUCGUGUGGACCUUGGUUAUAGCUUCUGCUGUACGAUCCCUGACUUCAGAAGAGUCAUCGGUCAUAUACCGAACCUCGAUGUUUCUAAUGGUCUUCUUUCUUAA